GGGCCGUCCCCGGGUGAGUGCUGCUCCCGGCGCAGUUUCGGAGGAACCCCGCGGAGGAGGAGAAACACCGCGAACCUUAGCACCGGGGACAGGCUCCUCCACACGGCCUCAGCGCGGCUGAAACCGCUACCGAUCCCGGCCGUCGUGCGAGCAGAGCCCCGUGCCGGCAGGAAGUUCAUGCCAGGGCCAAAGAUGGCGCCCCCGCCGCCGCCAGGCCGCGAGGGCCUCGCGCAUCCAGCGCCGCCCGCGUAGCGCCCGACCGGGAAGGCGGAGGGCAGCGCCCCCGCGCGGCCUCGCUGCGCGCCCUUGGCAAGGGCAGCUCCCGCCGCGGCCAUGGCGGCCUGGCCCGCCGUGCCGCUCCUUAUCAACCUCGGCGGGUCGCUGCUGGGCUUCGCGGCCACGCUCACGCUGAUCCCGGCCUUCAAGGACCACUUCCUCGCCGCGCGGCUCUUCGGCCACGACCUCAACAAGACCUCAAGGAGGCCCGUCCCCGAAGCACAGGGCGUGAUCAGCGGUGCCGUGUUCCUGAUCAUCCUCUUCUGCUUCAUCCCCGUGCCCUUCCUGAGAUGUUUUGUGGAGGAGCAGUGUGUGGCGUUUCCUCACGACGAGUUCGUGGAGCUCAUCGGUUCGCUCCUUGCCAUCUGCUGCAUGGUUUUCCUAGGCUUUGCAGAUGAUGUUCUGGACCUGCGCUGGCGCCACAAGUUGCUUCUUCCUACCAUGGCUUCCCUCCCACUGCUCAUGGUUUACUUCACCAACUUUGGGAACACGACCAUUGUGGUGCCUAAGCCCUUCCGGGUGCUGCUGGGCAUGCACUUGAAUCUGGGUAUCCUCUACUACGUGUACAUGGGUAUGCUAGCAGUGUUCUGCACUAAUGCCAUCAACAUUCUUGCUGGAAUUAAUGGAAUUGAAGCAGGACAGUCGCUGGUGAUAGCUGCUUCCAUUAUCAUAUUCAAUAUUGUAGAGCUAAACGGGGAUUAUCGAGAUGACCAUAUUUUUUCUCUCUACUUUAUGAUUCCCUUUUUUUUUACCACGCUGGGCCUAUUUUACCACAACUGGUACCCAUCUCGAGUGUUUGUUGGGGAUACCUUCUGCUACUUUGCUGGCAUGACCUUUGCUGUGGUGGGGAUCUUGGGACACUUCAGCAAAACAAUGCUGCUUUUUUUCAUCCCGCAAGUACUCAAUUUCCUCUACUCAUUGCCUCAACUCUUCCACAUCAUUCCGUGUCCCCGUCACCGGUUACCGAGGCUUAAUCCUAGUACAGGGAAGUUGGAGAUGAGCUACUCCAAAUUCAAAACUAAGAACCUCUCUGUCCUGGGAACAAACAUUCUGAAGGUAGUCAAGAUCUUGCACAUAGUGGAUGUGAGGAGUGGAACAGAUGAAGAUGGCGAAUACACCGAAUGCAGUAAUAUGACACUUAUUAAUUUUGUCAUAAAGCUGAUCGGACCCACCCACGAGCGAAAUCUCACUCUCCUGUUGCUACUCAUUCAGGUCCUUGGCAGCACGAUUGCAUUUUCAAUCCGGUACCAACUAGUGCGCUUGUUUUAUGAUGUCUGACUGGACUGUCGGGAGCAAGGGAAAGAGUUCUACCUGCCAUCUCCUCCAGUUGCUUGACCAAAUGAUUCAACUGAUGUUGCUCCUGCCUUCUGGGAUCCUCAGAAUACCUGUCAAAAUGCAAGCAACUGCUUUGCAUGGGCUAGUUUUGAACCAGGAUGUUCUUUGUGCACCAAAGGCUUUUGUCCAAUUCUGUGGUAGAAAAGAUUCACUGCUACUUGGACAUCGGUGUUAUUAAGAAUACAUUUUAGAGGGGAAGCAAAUGACAGCACUUAGGGAAAGUGGGAAAGAUGGAAUCUCUAUACAUCUAGCAAAGUCAUUACUGUUCACCAAGAGAGAAAACAGCAACUUUAAUUUCUGUGAGGAAAAUAAGGAAACCAGACUCCGUUCCUGGCUUCUCAAUCCUGUUUUUGGUCCAUGGACAUAGAAUGACAUGUUAUAACCCAUACUCAAAGCUCAGAGUGCUCCAAGAAUAAAAUAAUUCAUGGUACCCUUUCCCCUGCAGUGCUUUGCCUCGACAAUAUUGACAGGCAGUGAAACUAGGUUAUAUCCAUCUGUAGCUUUCUACCCUCUUAGGCAGUUGAUCAUUUCUGCAGUGGACUCCCUAUUUUUUAUGGCUACUGGAAAUGUUCCUGCUGAUGAGGUUUUAAUUCUGAAUACCUUUAUAGUCUGCCUUCCUCCCUGGAAGAGGACAUGCUAGCAGAGUGAGGAUCACCACAUCCUUGUGUUAAGAGGGAAUCAAUAGAUCCUUUAUUAAUGUAGAACUAAGGCCCUGAUUGGCUAACUGCCAAUCCCUUUUCCUCGAUUACAAAUAGCUACUUAUAGAGCAGUAUUUAGCACCAGUUGAACACAGAAUUGCUACAGAAAAAACAUAGAACAGCCAUUGGGGUACCAGAUUAUAGUCUUUGCACCUCCCAACACCCAAGUUCGGCUAGUAACAAGGCUUGGAAUGCAGUACCAGAAGGCAAAAAUGCCUGUGUCCAGCAGCACUGAUCAACACAGAAAACACACAGCACUCAAGUAUGAAUGGUACAAGUGGCUGAAGCCUCUUCCUUCCCUCCAGCAGAUCAGUUUGUAAGUCUACUAGUACAGUGUAUUCAUCACCACAUCCACAUAGACAUCAUGAAAUUGAAAUGAACAGGGUCCAUGCCUUUUUUAGUGUUCAGCUCUAUUAAAAAGUCAGCUC